AUAAAAUAUAUAUCGCCGAACUACCACCGAAGUUCCAAGUUGGAGCAACUAUGAUUACAAAAUAACAUGUUGGUAUAGUUGAUUGAUUCCAUAGUUUCGGCAUAAUUCGAAUUGAAUGUGAAGGUCGAUUAUGAAUUUUAUAAUUUAUAAUAAAUCUGAUAUAUGGGUUUGAAGUUUGUAGAGAUCGAUUGAACAUAUCUUGUACUUAAAUACGAUGUUAAUAUUAGAGAUCACAAAAGUUUGAGCACACAAUCACUUGAUCAGGCCAGCUCUUAUGAUCAUAUCAUAAACGGUGUUAUCGCAAUAAAUAAAUUGUUGAAAAAAUAAUAAGGUUAAAUGCACUUGUAUAUCCAAAACUUUCACGGUUGUGCCAAUAUUAUCCAAAUUUCCCGAAAUACCACUUAUAUCCAAUUCUUUCACAUUCUUUAACGGUGUUUUUGGAUAUACAAGUGUAUUUAACCAAAAAUAUAUUGAAAAAUGGAUAGAUUUGACAAAGAACAACUUUAAAACAUGGAUAUAAGUGGUAUUUCGGGAAAUUUGGAUAUUAUUGGCACAACCGUGAAAAUUUUGGAUAUACAAGUGUAUUAAACCAAAUAAUAAUUACGGAUGUUAGGUGGCCUGGCCGAAAACAAAGCCAUAUGGACCCGAAAUGGAAGAAAAAGGCCUUUCAUGGAUCGGUAGGGAGCCGGCCCAAACACCACCGAAAGCCCAAAUACGACUAUUUGCCAUGGUGUUCAAUGUCAGUCGCGAACUCACUGUUACAGUGUGUAACCCCUUUUCCCCAGCUGGUGCAAUUCCUUUCUGCGUUUGGUGUCUCUUUUACAGCUAUGGCCGCCAACUGGCUUCCCGGAGAGGUUGUCACCGGUAACAUCCCUCGUCCGGCUUCCGGACGUUCACUCGCUCGCUCCGCUUCCGGUCCGUCUCAACUGUUGGGGGAUUGAUGAGUACUUGUUCAAACCUCACUCUGCCUUGGCAAUGCUUGUUUGGAGAAAUUGAGGUGGCUAGCUCAUCAGAUUGCAUGAUGGUCGAUAUGGGACAUUAUAACUCCACUAGAUAUGCCUACCUAUAAUACGAAAGGUCGGCCUCUUCAACGAAAUGGUUGAUCGUUCGAGUUCUCAGGUCGACCUCAAUAUGUCACCACAAUUAACGAUGUCUGCGUGCCACAAUCGUUGUAAUUUUCCCCUUCGAACUUGUGUCAAGAACAAAAAAAACGAAACAGUACCAACAAAUUGAAAUGAUGAACAGAAGAAGUUGAGGGAUGAAUUGACGGCCUCCCAGAUUCCACCUCUAAAUCCGGACAGCAUAGAUACCUGACAACAACAGCAUCCGUUUGACUGUUAGCAAUACGAUCCAUGUCAGAAAGCUUUACGCACUACGAUCCGAACAUAAACAAACAGAACGUCUAAAUCUCCGCCGGAUCCUUUGAUCUGCUUCCACCAUUGCUCCCCACCUAUAUGAAGUUCCAGAGCUUAACUCAGAACAUGCAUUGUAUCUUCCCCUGCAAAAAAAUGUCGCAACAAAUUGCCAGCCCCGUCGUAACGGUCGACGAGCUGCGAAUCUCUCCGCCGCGGGGAUCAGUUCCCGCCACUUCCCUCCGGCUAACAUUGUUCGACAUAUCGUGGAUAAUCUGCCAUCCGAUUCAGAGAGUCUUCUUCUACGAUUUCCCGCAUUCCAGCUCCCAUUUCCGGCAAACAACCAUCCCCAGUCUCGCCGAUUCCCUCUCCCUGGCGCUUAUUCAUUUCUACCCUCUCGCCGGCCGGCUAGUCACCCCGACGCUUUCCGACGAGAGGGCUCGCAUAUUUUACUCUGAUGGCGACUCUGUUUCGCUCACCGUCGCCGAGACCGGUCUCCAAUUCGACCGUGUCAUCUCCGACCUGCCAAGCGACGUCGAACUGCUCCACCCUCUGCUGCCCAAACUUCCUCCCGACGACAGACCGAAUUCGGAGGGCGAAACCUCGUCCCCGCUUCUCGCCGUGAAGGUCACUCUGUUUCCAAACUCCGGCAUCUGCAUCGGGUUCGAGUUUCGCCAUGUGGCGGCUGACGGGCUGGCUUUCAACCAUUUCGUGAAAUCCUGGGCUUCAAUUUGCAAGUCCGGUGGCGGGGACUUGAGCUGGGUCGAAAAGUCUCCGCCUUGCCACGACCGAGAGCUGAUCCAGGAGCAUACAGAGCUCGAGAAUUCGCUUCUGAAAACCAUAGGAAACUAUGCAUCGCAUUGGGAUGAGGAUUCCCGCCAACGAAUGCUUGCCGGCAAGGUCCGCGCCACAUUCCGGAUUGACGGCGAGCAUAUUAAGAGGAUGAAAGCUUCUCUGGCCAACCACAAUGGCAGCAGCAAACAGUCGACGCCGGCGUCAGCGUUUACGGUGGCGAGUGCCCUUCUGUGGACCAGUUUGACGAGAUCCCGAGAACCCGAAUUCGUCGCUGCCAGCAGCGACAAAUUCAAUUCAGGGGAGGAUCACAUUGAUUGCUACGUAAUUCUGGUGGAUUGCAGGGGGCGCCUCAAACCCAAACUCCCGGCGACUUACUCCGGCAACUGUCUGUCGGGAAUCCAGGUGCUGGUGAAGCGAAGCGAUUUGAUAGGAGGCAACGGGUUUGCAAUUGCAGCCAGAGUAAUCGCGUCGAAGAUCAGGGAGAUGGAAGCUGAGGGACCGUUGAGGAGCGCGGAGAAGUUUUUCUCGCUUUCAGGAUGGCAGGAAAUAAUGAAACAGGGGAACAUCCUGUCGGUAGCUGGGUCGCCGAAGCUUGGGGUCUACGAAACCGAUUUCGGGUGGGGGAACCCGAGGAAGUCGGAGCCGGUUCAUGUCGAUUUCUCUGGCUCGGUUUAUUUCUCGGACGCCAGGGAUAAGGAGAAAGGCGGGAUUGAGUUCGGGUUGGCGCUGAGCAAGGGUGAAAUGGAUGCUUUCGCAGCAGCGUUUGAGCAGCAGUUGAGACGGUUCAGUGAGUGAUCCAUGGCUUGGAAUCUUCAUAUAGCUAUUGAGAUCAGACAGGGAAUCAAGAUCUAAGUGCUUGUUGUUUAUUUAACUUUCGAUAUGUAAUGUAAUGUGGGUAUCCGUUGAAGCAGCCAUCUUUGCUUUCUUUAUGUUCCAAGUAGGCCAGAACCCUACCCUGCAUCUGCAGGCAAGCUGAGUUCAACAUCACUCACCGUUACGAAUAUACUUCAGUAAGAGAA